AUGGACACGGUGUGCUUUCAAGGAGAGCAAGACUUGCUGGCAGAUCGACAACGGCAAGAAUGGGGACCUUUGCGAGAAUGGUUUGAAUCUGAGUAUAAUGUGAAGCUUGGAGUAGCCACUGGGCUGGCGUCUCCCAAUCACCCAGAGGAGACCAUCCUUCGUGUCACCGAGCAGCUCUUGUCACGCGACAUUUGGGAGCUUUGUGCUUUGGAAAUCGCCACCCAGACGGCGAAAUCCUUCAUCGUGGCCAGCGCCUUGGUGGACCGCGAGACUUGCCUUGCAGAGGAGGCCAUCCGAUUGGCACAGUUGGAGGAGGACUUCCAAGUCGAACGAUGGGGUAUGGUAGAAGGCGACCACGAUGUGACUGAGAGUGAGAUGUUGAAGUGGCUCACGGCUUGUCGCUACUUCAGCAAACUGCAUCGUGACCAAACCUCCACCUGA